AUGUAUAAGGUAAAGUCUAAAUCGACUUCUGGACUGAAGGUUAAGCUGGCACAUCGCUGGAAGUCGCAGUCACAGACACAAUCGAGUCACAUAUCACAGAUUCCAGAGUUUAGCAAGUACUCACCGACCAAGUCUAUCAGCGAACUGGCACCUUACGUUUCUCCAACAUUGUGCGCCUACCCUCUGCGGUCUAAAUAUGUGAAUCAGCAGCACUACUACCAAAAUCAAAACAUCUUGGAAAAGCACUACUUGACCAAAAAACCGCAUCCCGUUUCGUUAAUGCAACUUGCUCAAUAUUUUGAUGACUCCACAGCCCUUACCAAACAGAAAAUCGUGAACAGCGGCAAUUUUGUGAAGCAAGAACUGGUAACGCGGAUAGCACACAAAAUUCACAUGCUGCAAAUGCUGCCUUUCGACGUGGUGAACAACUUCCAUUUCUGUCAAGUCUACGAGUCAUACUAUAACAUUUUCGAGAGGUUCAGACGGUAUCCAGCUAUCAAAACCAUUGAGGACAAUGAAAAGUUUGCAGAGUUCUUGCACACAAUUCUUUCGGACUUUAACUCACUGAACUUGCCACACCUUAUAAUGGGGGCCCUCGAGUGCAGGAUACUUGACUUGUACCCUCCGGAGAAGAUGGACGAAGUUAUUUCAAGUUUACUCCGUGCUCGUAUAUCAAGAAGGCUAAUUGUGGAGGAGCACUUGAGCAUAACUUCGAAUUACCACAGCGGCAAGAAGGAGAACACAUUAGUGCUGGGUGAUAUUUUUCAAGAGUGCAGUGCUAAAGAAUUUCUUCUGGGAGCCAAAAGCAUGUGUGAACGCUUCAUUCAAGAUAUGUACUUCAAAGGAAUCAAGCUCCCUGCGUUCAAUAUUGAUGGUAAUACAGAGCUGAAGUUUCUAUUUUUACCACUUCAUCUAAAAUAUUUGUUGGGUGAAGUGCUAAGGAAUAGCUACGAGGCAACAAUGCUAGAAUAUAUUCGCCUUGGCCUCCAAGAGCCCGAGCCGAUAACUGUUACCAUUGUUUCCAAUGAAAGUUCCUUCAUAUUUCGUAUCUCGGACCGUGCGGGCGGGAUCCCCCACGACGAGAAGACGAUAUGGUCAUUUGGCAAGUCCAAGGAAUUAGCGCGCCAGUCUCUGAGCAACUUUCACAAACUGCCUGGAUUGCAGACUAUUUCGCUUUAUGAUAGCGUAAAUGGAAAAGGACUAACACGCUCAGUUGAUCAUCCAUACAAGUAUACCUCCUUAGAGCCCAUUAAUGCUUCUAAUUUACCGAGUGGUCUUCACAAAUUUGAGAAGCCCUUGUUGGGUCUUUUAGAAAGGUCAUCACGGUACAAACUUGGCAUUGGCCUAGCCAUGUGCAAAGUUUACGCAGAAUACUGGAAUGGCACUUUGACGGUUCAUUCGAUUCCAGGCUACGGCACAGACACUAUCCUGAAGUUGGGUAACCUCAUGUAUCACACAGGCAAAUUGCAGCUCGACAAAGUUUAG